AUGAAUGCGCCGCAGUGUCAGAAGAUUAGCAACCCUACACGCCGGCAGACAGUUAUCACAUCGCUUCUGCUCAUAGUUCUCUCCCUCCUCACCGCACCGGCUACUUCGAUCGUUGUCCUGUUUUUCCUAAUUCAUUCUCAGCUGAAAGGAACAGCUCUUCAUCUGCAGAAAUGCCGGGUAGGCCGUAAGACGGUCUUGGUCACGGGCGGGCGUACGAACAAGUGUCUCGUGCUUCUUCGCGCAUUCAAGCGCGAAGGUUACCGUGUUCUCGUGGCGGAAGAGGGUUCUUGGGGUGCAAUAGCUUGCACUAGGUUUUCCCGAGCAACAGACGGAUAUUACGCGCUUCCUGAGCCAAGUAAUGAGACCGACCGCCUCGCCUACAAAAGGGCGAUCGCAGAUAUUGUGGCUCGCGAACGCGUAGACGUCUGGGUCCCUUGUUCCAGCAUAUUUGCCACAGUGGAGGACGCGGAAGCUGCCCUGGAGAUUUCCUCCGCCGCUCACCAUCAUUGCGAUACGUUCAUACAACAUCCUGACUUGGUCGACAGUCUGCAUUGGAAGGAUCGCUUCAUGCGUCUUUGCUUGGAGCUAGACUUUCAGGUACCAGAGAGCCAGCUCAUCACGUCUUCUGCAGAGGGCGUCGAGUUUCUCUUCUCCGCGGCGACUCGCAAGAAGGGUUACUCUUAUAUCCUUAAAUGCGUCGAACUAGACGAUGCUGGUCGGAGCGACCUGACGCUGUUGCCGUUGGAGACUAAGGAGGCGACCAUUGCGCACUUCGCGAGGAUGCCUGUACCACCCAGCGACAAGAUCCCCUUUGUAUUGCAGCGUUUCAUCCGUGGACCCGAGUACUGCACUCAUGGAGUUGUCAGGAACGGACAACUGCGCGCAUUCGUUGCCUCCAGAAGCAGUGAUAUGGUAUUGCGAUACCUCGACCUCGAGUCAUACGCCAAGUCCAUCACCGCUCUUCCUAGACCCUUCAUAAUGGAUGGUCUCAAAGAUGCAGCCCUCGACCGCGCGACCACAGGAAUUCGUCGCGAGCGCGAAGUAGGCAAGCAAGCGGAGCAUUGGACAGUCCAGUUUUUGGAGCGCUGGUCAAAGCUCCUGCGUGAGCAGGGCAAGACCGGCAAACAAGCCGAAUUGACAGGUCACUUCAGCUUCGACUUCCUGCUUGAAGAGUCGGAAGGGCAACUCUACCCGAUAGAGUGUAAUCCGCGUACUCAUACUGCUGUAGCACUGCUCUCGGAGACUCCCCGUCUCGCGUCCGCUUAUGUGGAAAAUGAGGGCCUUGAUGCUGGUCCCGUGCGCCCGGCAGAUGGUGUUCCACAUGGACCGUUAACUAUGGUUUCCCGUCAUAUUGCAGGUUUAGAGAAGGACGUUUCAUUCGAUGCUUCUGAUCCAUUACCCUUCUUUAUCCUUGCCCACGUCCAGAUUCCUUGGAUUAUUGUGAGGCUGUUAUGGAAGGGGAAAGGGUGGAGUCGGAUCAAUACGAGUACGGCGAGGGUGUAUGAAUGUUAG